AUAUCUCCUCCGCCUCAUAUUCCAACUCCCUUCACACUAUGGACGCGUACCCAAGUAACUCCCGUCAUAGUAGCGCGAGCCCCACCAAUUCACGGGGAUCUUCGGUGAAAUCUUCCGGCCCUUCACGCUCUUCCAUAGACCACCAGAACCUUCUUGCACCUGUGGUUCGUAGUAAACGAACCCCUAUAGCAUGCACGGAAUGCCGCAGGCGUCAAGUGAAGUGUACGGGAACUACUCCCAAAUGUGAACGGUGCGAGAAGCGGGGGAUGAAAUGCGAGUACAUCCCCUGUAGUCAGCAAAAGGCCACGUCAAACGAGUCACCUCCACCCCAACCGAUACCUAAUUCGAGUAUGCACCCCAAUCAACAUGCGAGACAGUAUUCGUUCGAUCAGUAUACGCAACCACAAUGGCAACAGUCCUCUAGAUCGCUGAGCGUACCCUACGACUCCACUUCAUAUUCCCAGUAUAGUCAACAUGUCGAGUGGCAACGCCACCAAGGACAAAGCGCUGACAUGCUUCAGCAAACACAAUACAGCCCGCAGGGGAUUCCUGUGCAAACAUAUACUGGAUCUGCUUACAGCCAAUCCUCCUAUUCUCACGCACAACAACCUUACAGUGCACCUACUGGCAGGACUGAAGCCCCUUAUGCCCAGCGACCGAUCAUACCAUCUCAACAUUCCUACGCAGGAAUGUCGGCGCACGGUGGAUUCAUCCCAUCUGACGUUGCCAUGGAAAACAGUGGAUUGUCUUACUCGUACGAAAAUGUGGGUCAGCCCAUGGGAAAUCAAUACAUAGUGCCAUCGACGUCCAAUCUCUCUGGAGAGUACUAUCACGCCGAAACAGAUACCUUUGAUCCUCGCGCGACAGGGCUGGUUUCACAUGACUCCCUGAGUCACCCGUAUAACGACGUUCAGAAUACAAACGCAGGCUACCAAUAUCGCUAAUCUCUUCUCUCUUUGCUCUGGAAUCCUCGACUUUAGCUACGAUCAAGAACACAUACCACAUCCACAUAUGUAGCCUUUGCGCCUCAACAUCGUUUGCAGGCACUACCCCGGACAACCUCAUAGAUUUCUCAUUUGAGUCUCCUCUCGUUUUCUGCGAUACUGUUCUAACAUAAUUUCAUCAUGUAUCAUAGUAAAUAUUGGUAGUCUAUUGACAGUCGUUGCUCACUGGCGUCAUAGAAGAAGGAUGUAAUCGCCGACCACAUCGU